AUGAACUUAUCAUCAGCGCCUUUGACGCGGUCUCAAGUCGCCAACAUCAGCGAAGCCGCAAAGAAAGUUGAGGUCGUCCAACCUGUAGCCAAGGUAGUAGAGGUCGAUGCCGACGCUGAGGACGAGGAUGAAAUUACCCAGGAAGAGGAUGAAGAAGCCGACGCUCAAGACGACGAUCUAGAGGAUGACGAUGAAGUCGACAAUUUUACCACUUCCGAAAUCGUCACUGUCUACGUCGGCCCCAAGCGGAAGCGCUUCUUCCUCCACCGGGAACUGAUCUGCGAACGAUCCCCAUUCAUGGAAAAAUGUCUGAAAAAGGGCCAUUUUGAUGAGGGCUACAAGAACGAAUUAUACCUGCCAGAGGAUGAUCCGAAAGCCUUUUCCAUCAUCGUCGACUGGAUUUACCGAAGCCGGAUCCCACAACGAACUGACCCUCUAUUCGAUGUAUCAGACAUGUCCGCGGCAUAUUGCAUGGCUGACAAGUUCGUCAUGGAGGAACUACAGAACAGCAUCAUGGACGGCAUCCGAGCCAGUCUCAGUAGGAAAGAGGGAGAAUUGUGCAAGACACCACAUUUCUCGGCGCUGGCGCUUACACAUGUUUCCGGACCUCCGAAGUCGCCGCUCAAGCGAUUUUUGGUCGAACAUAUGGUGCAUCAUAUGAUGAAACACCCGAGAUGGUAUCAUGAAUUGAAGCGCAAUGAGCCCUCCCGUGUGGAUGUGGAAGACUUGUUCAAGAUUCCCGAUCUGGUUUUCUAUAUCAUGAAGAAAAUCUGGCAAUUCCAGGCUGAGCCAUGGAAAGACCCUGCCACUUGGGAUAAGUGCUGCUAUCAUGUGCACGCUACAACACAAUGCCAGGCCAAAGUGGUUCCAGUUCCCGCCAAGCCAAUGCUCAAGCACGGCGUGGGCAUGGGUCCCUCUUCCAGCUUACACGGUCACAACAUGCGACCUGGUCAUGGGCCGUGGCCUGGAAGUUCUCUUGGUGGUGUAUGGAAUCCAGGUGUUGGCUGGUAG